AUGCAGUUGAAGAGACUUUCAGUCAUAAUUCAGAGCUCACUGACCACCAGAAAAUUCAAAAUGGAAAGGAACAUUAUGAAUGUAAUGAGUGUGAGAAUCCACACUGGAGAGAAACCUUAUGAGUGUAAUGAAUGUGGAAAGAGUUUUAGACAGAAGUCCAGUCUUGUUGCACAUCAGGGAAUCCACACUGGAGAGAAACCCUAUGAAUGUCAUCAAUGUGAAAAGACUUUCAGAUGCAGGUCUAGUCUUGCUCAACAUCAGAGAAUCCACAGUGCAGAAAAACCUUAUGAAUGUAAUCAGUGUGGAAAGUCGUUCAGAUGCAACUCCAAACUUGCUCUACAUCAGAGAAUUCACACUGGAGAGAAACCUUACGAAUGUAAUCAGUGUGGAAAGAAUUUUAGACAGAGCUCCAGUCUUGCUGAACAUCGGAGAAUCCACACUGGAGAGAAACCUUAUGAAUGUAAACAAUGUGGAAAGACUUUCACACAGAGUUCCAGUCUUGCUCUACAUCAGAGAAUCCACACUGGAGGGAAACCUUAUGAAUGUAAUCAAUGUGGAAAGACUUUCACAAACACAUCCAAUCUAGCUGAACAUCAGAGAAUCCAUACUGGAGAGAAACCUUAUGAAUGCAAUCAAUGUGGAAAGAGUUUUAGGCAGAGCUCUAGUCUUACAGAACAUCAGAGAAUCCACACUGGAGAAAAACCUUAUAAGUGUAAUCAGUGUGGAAAGUGUUUCAGACAGAGCUCCAGUCUUACAGAACAUCAGAGAAUACACACUGGAGAAAAGCCUUAUAAAUGUAAUCAAUGUGGAAAGACUUUCAGACACAGCUCUAGUCUUGCUAAUCAUCAGAGAAUCCAUACUGGAGAAAAACCUUAUAAACCUUAUGAGUGUAAUCAAUGUGAAAAGACGUUCAGAUGCAAUUCUGGUCUUGCUAAACAUCAAAGAAUCCACACUGGAGAAAAACCUUAUGAGUGUAAACAGUGUGGAAAGAGUUUUAGACAGAGCUCCAAUCUUGCUGAACACAAGAGAAUUCACACUGGAGAAAAACCUUAUGAAUGUAAUCAAUGUGGAAAGGCUUUCAGAUUCAACUCCAAACUUGUCCUACAUCAGAGAAUCCACACUGGAGAGAAACCCUAUGAAUGUGAUGACUGUGGCAAAACUUUUAGGGACCGCUCAUCUCUUAUUAUUCAUCAGACCAUCCACACUGGAGAGAAACCUCAUGAAUAGGGCCUUCUAUCAUCUCCAUGCC